AGCAAUCCAUUCAGCCACCCAGAGACCAAAACCCUAAAAACAUCAAAACCUCAAUCUCUUCAAAGACCCCCCCAGUUAAAAAAAGGGAAGAAAAAAGAAAAGAAAAGAAAAAUCACAAUCAACUAAUGGCCAUGAGGGUAAUCAACAUUCUUUCCCCAAAAGGGCCAAAACUCCACCCACCCAGUGCCUUUUUCCUCCCCACCAACCUUCCCAAACCCGGACCCAGAAGCCUCAUCCACUGCACCAACAGCAUCAGUGAUGCAGAGCUGGCAUCAGACUUGGCCACAGAAGUGAAAAAGAUGAACACCCAUUUGGUGCUGAGGAAGGAGGCCAUGGAGAAGAGCAGAGAGAUUCUGUUCACAGAGAUGUGCCAGUACCUUGGAAUGGGAUCAGAAGAAGUGAAGAGGAGGUGGAGGAAGAUGGGUGAGGAGGAGAAGAGGGUUUUGCUGAAAGGGUUUAUUUCAGAGUGGGGUGUGAACUUUCAUCCAUUGUCUGCAAAGUCUGUCAAAGAAAUGGUUGAAGAGUACUUGCAUGAAGAUGACCCAUCUCCACACUCUUCUUCUCUUUCACUCUUGUUUCCUGGUUUGAAGAGGAUGUUUAUGGGGUCUCCAUCAAACAAGUAAAAAGAAGAUUUGCAGAUGGCUUGUAAAAUUUAUUUUUCAUUUUUUACCAUUUUUAAAAAAUAUUUUAUUGGCUUCUUGGUGUUGGA